AUGGAUAACACGGGGCCUCCCCCAACCUCUGGCUCGAAUCCGUCCAACCCGACCAGCCCGGACGAGUCCUUCGCCGACUUCAACCUGCCCUCGUCCACCGACUCGCCCAGCAACAAUGGCGCAUUCAACCACAACACCACAUCCCCACAGCCGCAUUCACACCCUGCCUUUCCAGGCGCACAGGUGUAUACGCCGACGGCCACGCCCUCCGAUCGUCUGAACCCGCGCAGCUGUGUCACUUGUCGGAGGAGAAAAGUACGCUGCGACAAGCACAUGCCAUGUUCGAACUGCCGUCGAGCCCAGAUCCCAUGCAUUUUCCCCGCCCCCGGCCGCGCACCGCGCCGCCCGCGACCAAAGGACCCCAAUGCACCACCCAAACAGCCCUCCAGCGAACGCGAGAUCGAAUUGAUGAAGCGACUGCGGAAGCUGGAGGGCAUUGUCGAGGAGCUGAGCGGACAGAUCGAGGUCGAGACAGCGAGGAAUCACUCUAGCAGCGGCAAUUCCCCAGAGACCACGGCCGCCAAUGCCGCCACCGACUUCCACACGCCUGGCUCUGGGCCUCGACUGGAAAGAGCAGACAGUAUGACGGCAGGCAGUACACAUAGUCAGGGGUCGCCCUCAGGGCCGGGUGACGGCAGGAUGGCGGCCCCUUACAAUUUCAAUUCCAGCGCUGGCACCCCAGCGGCGCGACACGACAACGUGAACAAGAAGUUUGGGAGGCUGGUGAUUAAUGACCAUGGCAAGACCAGAUAUGUCAGCAGUGCAUUCUGGUCCAAGAUUACAGACGAGCUGGACGAGCUGCGACACGAGACCCAGAAGCUCACGGACGAGGAAUCGAGUGACUCGGACGACGAGAGCAUAAUAGCCACCGCGAACAAUCGAUCAGGAGGUGAUCACCACGCAUUUGUUCUUGGAUAUAGAUCAGCCGAUGUCGACUUGAGAUCUUUGCAUCCACUACCCUCACAAAUACCGUACAUGUGGCAGGUUUACCAAGAGAAUGUGGACCCUAUUGUCAAGGUAUUACACGUGCCGACCGUCGAAAACCUCGUGAAAGAGACGCGAAAAAAUCUGGAUAGCUUGACACCCGGGAAUGAAGCUCUUAUGUUUGCAAUCUACUUUGCAGCCAUCACCUCUAUGGACGAGGAAGAUACCAAGAAGAACUUUGGAGUCGACAGGCCAAGGUUGAUUUCGCAGUAUCGAUUUGCGUUGGAGCAGUCUCUUGCGAAAGCCGAGUUUUUGGUGUCUUCUGAAAUGGUUGUCCUCCAGGCCUUCAUCCUCUUCCUGGUUCUGGUUAGACGUCACGAUGAUACUCGAGUGUCCUGGACACUGACAGGGCUCGCUGUUCGAAUGGGGCAGUCGAUGGGCCUUCAUCGCGAUGGGACGUCGUUCCCGGGUUUGACGCCAUUGGAGAUUGAAAUGCGGCGGCGACUAUUUUGGGCGCUUUGCAUUCUGGACCUUCGAGCAGCCGAGGAUCAGGGCACUGACUUGACCAUCAUCGACCGGACCUUCGAUACCGAGUUCCCACUCAACAUCAACGACGCAGACAUUACACCAGAAAUGACAGAGAUGCCUCAGCCACGGCAAGGCUCGACAGACAUGACCUUCUCGCUGAUCAGAUACGAGAUUUGCGGACUUGCGAGGCGUUUGCACACCAUGUCAUCAGCAAAUGCAGGGUCCUGCCCUCGGGACGCAGCAAUUUCUUUUGAAGAACGCGAGAACAUGGUCAGAGAGGUAUACGCGAGCGUGGAGGGGAAAUUCUUCCUGGGUCCAGACGCCUCGCAAGAUCCGAUUCUAUGGACGGCGGCGAACAUAGCCCGCGUGAUUGUCGCAAAGAUGACGCUUGUCAUUUAUCAACCUAUGCUCUUCCCUGGGCCUGAAGGCGAGACACUGUCCAGCGAAAUCCGCGAUCGCAUUUUCACCGCAGCCACCGAGAUUUUCGAGUACAACCACCAGCUCAACUCAGACCCACGGUCUAGGCCGUGGCGCUGGCUUUUCCAGACCUACACAGCCUGGCACGCUGUCGCAUACGUGCUGAUGGAGGUCGUUCGUCGCCCAUGGAGCGCUGCUGUCGAGCGAGCAUGGGCAGCUUUGAAUGCUACUUUUGCGAGCCCCAAUCCUGAGGAUUUGAACCGUAUAGCAGGAGAUCAAUCGGUCUGGUUACCGCUCAAGAAGAUCUACCUUAAGGCCAAGAAGCACCGCGAAGGGGAAAUUUCUCGAUUGAAGGCCGACCCCUCGGCUGCGCAGGAAUUGGAGUUACAAGAGCGCAGAAGCGCGGGGGCACCGGCAAGCUUCGCAGCCAUGCCUGGGUCAGUCAAGACUGCAGUAGCCAACGAGCGGUGGCGGAAGCUCGUGAACGCACCGCGCCUACCGCCCGAGCUGGAAAAGCAAAAUACACCUUUCGCGCCCUUCCUCCAACAGCAGCAACCGCAACAAUCGCAACAGAAACCAUCAGGACAACAGGGCGAUUCUGUCCCGCCGUCACAGGUGCCGACUAGCAUGGGCAUCGGUGGUGGGCUGCCUGGUCAGAAUGUAGGUGACGAGAGGGCCAUGGAGAUUGUUGAGAACGUCAUGAACCAGCCUCAUUUCCAGCCCGACAGCUUCUGGCCCAUAGCCUUCUCACCUCAAUACGCGGACAUCGCACGUGCUGCGACGAACAAUGUGGGCUUCCCCUUCAGCGACCCCAUUCCGAGGCAGGACCCGACUCUUGCGAACUUCGCCAAUGGCAAUGGCGAUGCGGCAUCGAAUCGCACGGUACCUGGGACGUCGAUGUCGACCGACCCAAGAAUGCAGCAAACACCUCUUGUCGACGCGCUCAAAGUCGAGGGCAAUCUGCCCCCGUGGUUGUGGAGCGACGCGCCGGUUGCGACGACCGCGGCGCAGACGUUUGGAGGCACCCCUGGUUCUGUGACGACGGCAAGCAGUGGGGGCGGCGGACCAAUGAGUGCGAGCACGCCGGCGAGGGCGUUCAGCUUCCCGCUGCCUGCUGGAAAUACCGACGUUCAACCCGAGGACAUUGAUGUGAACAUGGACGAGGACUUCAACUGGGCGGACUGGGGACAGAGCCUGAUGGAGUCGACUGGUGCAAAUAUGGGAGGCGUCUGGAGCGCACACGGGAUGUAG